GCCGGGUUUAUUCUGUCAGAUGACGGAAGAGGAAAGGAACACGAAGCAAGAGGAAGGAUAAUUCUAUGCGCCUCCCUUUCUUUGAACGUAGUUCAUUCAUUUCAAGGAGGUGUGUGGAUGGUAGAUACGCACGAGCUUGAGGAUUGGACCAGGAGUUGCUUCCCACAGGAGGCGGUUGCACAUUCACUUGGGUUGGCUGGUGGGGCAAAGGGAGACCAGCGAUUGUCUUGGGGGAACGAGGAGUCCACAGAGACAACAGUGCGAACAGAGUAGACAUAGGCGGUUGGAGGAUCAGUGACCAGUGCAGAAUUCACCGGCCAAUUUAUUGGAAGGGCCACCAAGAAACUGAUGGUUACGUUGCCCUCCUCCUUGGUCUGACAAAUAUGAAGACAUCAUCAGAAGGUGCGUGCGUAAUCUUUUCUAUAAGCGACAGUGAGGACACCGGAGAGGACAACCGCAGGAUCUUGCGAUCAGCUAGAGGCCCAAUAUCUCACGUGUCCCUUGGACCGGGGGGUGAUAGGGAACUGUUCCGCCGGCAGCGGGAGAGGCAGCAGCAGAGGAGAGCUAGAGCAACCAAGGCCAGCAGGGCAUCAGCUAGCGAGGCCGGUGCUACAGCAGCCAUGGCUACCACAGCCAUGAGCACGUCUGCACAGCAGACUUCCCCAGCCGGUAGUUCAGGUACCGCCGGGUCUACGGUCGCACAGACCGUGAGUCAGUCCACUGGCUUAAUGGCAAGCCAGCCUGCGGUGUUGACCCCAGAGGAUGUCGCCAUCCAGCAGGCAGCCCUGCAAGAGGCACAGCUACAACAGGCAUUAGGACAGAUAAAAAGGGAGAAGGAGAUGAUGAUUAGAAGAAGGACCAAGAUGCAACGGAGAGGGGCAGACAUAGAGGAGUUAGAGUCGAUGGACCUGACGAACAUGGAUGACGAUGUGAGGGUAGUUAGCAGGGCCCUGCUAGCAGUAAUUGAGAUGCAGGAGCAUCAAACUACCAUCCUUCAUGAUAUCCAGCAGAGCCUAGCCAUUUUGGUAGGGUGUUCUCAGGGAGCACCAUCACCGGCAGGGCCUGGUGCCUGGCCCGUGCCAUAUCCUCCUUUUUCUGUCCCACCGGUGAAAGGGGUAUCCCCAUAUGUAGCCCUGUCAACGGUUGUUAUCGUUUCCCUGGGCAUGCCUCUAUCAGGAGGGGUAACAACAGGGAGUAGUUUACAGGUUCCUGUACAGACAGUGUUUACUCCAAGUCCGUCACAGGUUGCAGUCACCACGCAGCCUGCUGUCUCGCAACCUGUGCAGCCACCGGGUACACAGCCCCAGCAGCUAGCACAACAACCUGUAUCACCGGGUCCACAGCCCGGGGUGGUGCAGGGACCGGGACAAACACAGUGGGUUCCGAAGACGGCCAUCGCCGCUCCUAAACCAUUUACAGGAGACAAGAGAGGCGAGGACCUCAACACAUGGUUGAGGGCAGUGCCGGUCUACGUCAGGUGCAAACUCACCUUGCCGCACGAAGAAGUGCUUGUGGCUGCUUCCUACCUAGAGGGUAGUGCAGCAAGAUGGUUGAGUGGGUUAGUGCAACUCCAGGGGUACAGUCAUGACUUCCGCUCUUGGGCAGCCUCUCAGAAAUUGGAGGACUUCCUAAAGAUGGUGGAAGAAAGGUGGCAUGAUCCUCAGGAGGCUCAAAGGGCCACUGACGCGAUCCUGACACUUUACACGCGGCAGUUUAAGUCACUAAGAGAAGCCACCGACGUUGUUGAGCGUUUGAUCUGUGUCCCUGGGGUACGCUAUGAUCCCCAGAUCAACGGUGAAAAGUGCGAGUUUGGCCGCACCCGUAUCUUGUACUUGGGUCAUGAGAUCUCCGYGGAAGGGUUGAAGCCCGAUGACGCGAAGGUGGCCAGCAUUCGUGAUUGGCCACGACCUCAGUCCGUGACUGAGAUGAGAUCUUUCUUAGGAAUGACUGGCUACUACCGGACUUUUGUAAAGAACUAUAGCAUAGUGGCCGCUCCUUUGACUGAUCUGACCCGCCUUGACACCCCGUGGGAGUGGACAGAUGAGUGCGAGGCUGCUUUCAGACAUCUCAAGCAUGCAUUGACGCACUGUGAAGUCUUGAAGCUACCCGAUCCUGAUAAGCCAUUUACAGUAACCACGGAUGCUAGCCAAUAUGGCAUUGGCGUCGUGCUUGCGCAGCAAGAGGGGCCGAAGUUGAGGCCAGUUGAGUACAUGUCUAAGAAAAUGCCGUCUCAGAAGUUGGCUAAGUCCACUUAUGAGAAGGAACUCUAUGCGGUGUACAAGGCUCUCACCCAUUGGAGACACUAUCUCCUUGGGAGGGUCUUCAUCCUCAGAACUGAUCAUCAGACCCUGAAAUGGAUGAGAACCCAGCCGGUACUUUCUGACGCUCUCAAGCGUUGGAUCGAAGUCAUUGAGCAAUAUGACUUUGACCCGCAGUAUCUAAAAGGGGAGUACAACAAGGUUGCUGACGCCCUGUCGCGCAGACCAGACUUCUCAGGUGCGCUGAUUACUGAGUUCAGUCUCACGGACAAUGUUACUCAAUCUUUGGUGGAAGCCUAUCGCGAGGACCAGUUUAUGUCUGAGAUCAUACGCAGACUUAAGGCGAAGGACAAGAAGACGUCCGCCGAGUUUGAGUUGGUUAAUGGCUUGUUGUUCCUUAAGAAGGCAGGGAAUAAACGAUUGUGUGUUCCCAAUAGUGAGUCUUUGCGUAGUUUGUUUCUAGGUGAGUGUCAUGAUGCCACCGGUCAUUUCGGAUAUAAGAAGACCGCAGCCAACUUGCUGCAGCGAUUCUGGUGGCCCACGAUGAUGCGAGAUGCACAGCUGUACGUGGAGACUUGUAAAGUUUGUCAACGCGACAAGCCCCGUACUCAGGCUCCUCUUGGGCUGCUCAAGCCCCUUCCGAUUCCGGAAAGGCCGGGUGAAAGCUUGUCCAUGGACUUCAUGGAUACACUGGUCACCAGCAAGAGUGGGAUGAGGCAGAUCUUCGUCAUCGUGGAUAGGUUUAGUAAGUAUGCUAGGUUAGUAGCCAUGCCGGAAACAGCGAAGACCGAGUAUGUAAUCAGGCUUUUCAAAGAGAACUGGGUGAGGGAUUUUGGAUUGCCUAAGUCUAUUGUAAGUGACAGGGAUGUCAGAUUUACAAGUGAAUUAUGGAAGGCCGCAGCAGCUGAACAAGGAACUCAACUGCAAAUGACUUUCGGAAACCAUCGAGAAGCAAACGACCAGGCUGAACAGAUGAACCGCGCUGUUCAACACCUGUUGCAGCAUUACAUUAAGCCCAACCAGGUAGACUGGGACGAGAAGCUUGCUCUUGUCGCCAGUCUGUACAAUAACGCCGUACACAGCGCUACCGGGGUAAGUCCUAACAGUCUACAUCUUACCUUUAGGCCUAGACUGCCUUUAGAUUUCCUACUUUCUGAUAACCAACCGACUGUGACACCGGGCACUUUGGAGUUCGCGUAUCGUUAUGAACAGAAGAUGCAGGAGACUGUAGAGCACAUGCAGAAGGCACAGGCAGCAAUGAUAGAAUCUGAGAAUAAACACCGCCGCCCUUCUACAUUUCAGGUUGGGGACAGAGUCUGGGUCAAGUCUUCAGAACUGGGACAGGAGUUCGGGAUAUCCCGCAAACUCAUGCCUCAGUACUUUGGACCUUGGGAAGUUUUAGAUGUAGUAGAGACAGAUCCUGAUGGUCCAUCAUAUGUCAUCCGUAUCCCUGGUCAUCUCAGAACUUACCCAGUCUUUCACGCCUCUAAGCUCGCUGCGUCCAAGGAAACUGAUCAGUUUCCUUCUCGUCGAUCAAUGCUGCCCCCAACCAUGGACGGAGAAGUCGACAUCGAUGAUAUCGUUGACCACAGAGAGAUGCCUGUUCAGAAGCCUCCAGGAAGGGAACGUCCUCCAAAGCCAAAGCUACUGUUCCGGGUCCACUUCAGACAUUAUACAGAUCCGAAGGAGGACCGCUGGUUUACUCGGGAGGAACUGAUGCAGACCGCUCCUCAAAUCGUUGCCCGCUAUGAGAAGGAUGUAUUGAAAGGAAAGCGCCAGAUGGCUGCAGAUUGAUCUUCGCAGAGGACUAACGAAGAUAUGGAGGAGGGAAUGCGAGGCUACGCUCGCUUAGCCCCUACG